AUGCCGAGGGGCCCGAAGACUAUUGAAGAAAAGCGGGCGACUGCCGCUGCUCGAUCGCGUCGGUAUCGGGAACGAAAGAGAAAAGCCCGCUUGAAAAAUCAGUCGCCAGCACCCGAAGUGCAAGACACCGAAGAAAUCUCACCCACGCAAGGCAUUUCUGAUGGUAGGGUAUCACCUGAAGUUGGUCCAUAUGCUAGCACGUUGCUACGAUUAUCUACUUCGCCUUCGGUUGCGUCGUCUUAUUCGCCUGCGCGCGAGACAGGCCCAGAAAUGAACGAAGCUCGAGCGAGUAACGUUUCCUCGGAAGGUUCACAUCAUGGCGCCUAUGGCCCGAAUGCAGAGGAUGUAGAAGCGUCCAGUCUUCUGGAAAGAGAUAGUGGUAACGAGAACGAGCCCUUUGCGCAGGGUAGUGAGGUUAUGUUGACCAGGGUCAACAUCGCCCCAACUGGUGGAUCGUGCUACCAAGGUGACGCAACGUCUCCAGUUAGUAGUGAUCAGAACGAUGGCAAAUUUGACGAUGGUGAUGGUCACUUCGGCGAUGUCGAAUCUGAUGUUGAUGGCUCUUCUACUUCUUCGUUAUUGAGUGGGAUUACUCCCCUGACAAUGACGUCCGCUGCUCACCCCAUAAUGGAAAAGCAAAGUGCAGCCGGUAAUUCUAUGAAUGAUGGAGACUUCAUGCCAAGCUCAUCGUCUGCGUCUACUUCAUCCCAAACAAGCGACGACGACACCGAUGAUAUCUCUUUCAUUGAAAACACCGAGCAAAGUUUGGACGAGCCUGAUCCUGAUUGUGCCGCUCGAGACCUCGCAACGGACCUCAUCCAACGAGUAAAACACUCGGACUGCAUGUGUGACGAUUCCCCCGGCGACAGACCCCUCAACGGAUCGUAUUCUCUUCGCGCUUUUGUGAAUUUCUGGCGCAACCGUAUAACCAGUAAUCUGGACACCGGUGUCACCUGUUUUCCCCUGGAAUUCGACGGAAUGAUCCCCGCCCAACCGUCCGGACACCCGACCAACGAAGUUCCGUGGGAAGAAAUACUAGCGGGCGGCGGGGAAGGAGAGAACCCUUUGCCAAGUUUGAGUUUACUUGAAUCCGAACUCGAGGAAGAGGAACUACGCGACGCACCAGUUGGUCGAUCUUGGGACGUGGAUAGUUUCAUCGCAGAGAUCAACGGCUUAUCUGCUUACCGCGAGGGGUUUAAACUUGCCUAUCGACCACCAUACAUGCGGUCAAUCAAACAGAAUCAACGCGUUCUUAUACGGUCAAGGAAACUGCAUCGCACUCGACAAUUACGACUGGGAACAGGAACAUCUUCUUCUACGUUCUACAACUGCCAUGUUUUCUUUCCUAAUAUGCCCGUUUGGAACGAAGAGGUCCACGUCAGUGACGUUUUCCAGAAGGAGUGGAUCGAUCGGAUAGUUGCCCCUUCCUUAAGAUUAGUCUGUCCGCCUGACGUCGUCCAACACCACCCAGUAAGCUUCCAGGAUGCAGACAACAAGUCUAAGGUUAGGCGUCAAGACUUCGUGUCUGGAACAAGCGCAGCGAUAGACGUGCAGUACACGAUUCCUUCUAAAUACCUGGCUUCUUUCUAG